CCAUAUGAUGAGUCCAUAGAUUUAACACAUCUUUGAAGUUGGAAAGAGAUAUGGUCUAUUCCCAUAGAUAUUGACAUCAUCAGGUAAAAGAUAGAGUGAGGUAAGCAUCAUUGCUUGUAACCUUUGGGCCGACAGAGAAGGUCCACACAACUCACUGCUCCAUUGCUACAGCUCAAUGGAUAGUAGUGUAUUUCACCACUACAUCUUAAAUAUAUGAGUUUUUUUUGUGUGUAAUUUGAGCAUCAUCAUUGACUUCGGAAAGAAAUAUAUACUAUAAUGUGUAUGUUCAUUAUUCUGCUUUACUUUUAAUUGAACAAUACAUCUGAAGGGCUUUACCUUAAAGGUUGUACAGCAGCUCAGUCCACGAAUGUUUCCAGCCUCUACAAGAUGGACCGACCCAUUUUGAUAGAUAAAUAUGUUUGUUUCACUACAUAACAGAGCUCUUUACAAGUCACAUUAGUAAGAUAUCACUAGAUAUUUUUAGCUAUGUUUGAGUCAGUCUCUAAAGAAUAUAGCGAAUCAUUGUCAUGACUCUACAAUAGUAUUUACAAGCAUUAACAUAAAUAUGCUACAAAUCAGGUUACAUAUGUAUCACUUUAAUGCCAAGUUCUGGCUAUCUCUAUUCUCUGAUCAAGAAGUUGAGUCAUGUGUUGCGGAAGCCGCACAAAGCGCAUCAAGAUAUGUUAGCGCCUAAAGUGUUGUGUAAAAAAAAAGUAGAGUUAUAUUUUUUUGUAAUAUCUGCUAUAUGCAAAUAGUUAGUUGGGACAUGCACAUUGCAUGACAAGACAGUCAGAUUGAGAGAGAGAGAGAGAGAAGCAAAACAUAAACGCCAUUGCCGUUCUGCAACUACAUUCUUGUUUUCAUUUUAUUUAAAUAACAUCUCAUGAACAUUCAGAACUUGUUUCUUAAUCUGACAGCUCUCAUCUCCUCAGAAUUUCCGUCCCUUUGGUGUCUCACAUGUGCUUAUAGAGGUAUGUUCAUGAUUCUCAAGCAUAUAUAUUAAGACUUGAGUUUGUUAAGGUUAUCAUUUCUUGUGAAAAACUAGAGCCUAGUUACUGUAAGAAUUUGAGUUCCUUGAUGUAGUUUUUUAGCAUCAUCAUGUUCAUCGAGUAUGGUAAUGGCAUGUAAUGAAAAAUACAGAGACAAGUAUAUUGAUUAUGCUUCAUCCUCAUCAUCACAAUGAUGUUCUACAGAUUUAGCACUAAGGAGGCGCAGAAGAGAUGAGGGCUAAAGCUGCUUCAGGGAAAGCUAUAAUAGUGCUGUGUCUUGCUAGCUUUCUUGCAGGCUCAUUGUUCAUGAGUCGAACUUUGAGUCGCUCUUACAUAUUUGAAGAAGAGGAUCACCAUCUCACAAAGCAUCUGUCUACUAAACGUUUAGACAUUCAAAAGGACUGCGAUGAACAUAAACGCAAAUUGAUAGAAAGCAAAUCCAGAGACAUAAUAGGAGAAGUAUCCAAAACCCACCAAGCAGUAAAAUCAUUGGAGAGAACAAUGUCAACGUUGGAGAUGGAGUUAGCAGCAGCACGUACCAGCGAUAGAAGCAGUGAGUUCUGGAGCGAACGGUCAGCGAAAAACCAGAGUCUACAGAAGGUGUUUGCAGUGAUAGGCAUCAACACAGCAUUCAGCAGCAAGAAAAGACGAGACUCGGUGAGGCAAACAUGGAUGCCAACAGGCGAGAAGCUAAAAAAAAUCGAGACAGAGAAAGGGAUUGUUGUAAGAACGUUUGGAUUUUUAUUUGCCAGGUUUGUGAUAGGACACAGUGCAACACCAGGAGGAGUACUAGACAAAGCCAUUGAUGAAGAAGAUUCAGAGCAUAAAGAUUUCUUGAGACUAAAACACAUUGAAGGAUAUCACCAACUCUCAACAAAGACAAGACUAUACUUCUCAACAGCAACUGCAAUGUAUGACGCAGAGUAUUACGUGAAGGUAGACGAUGAUGUUCAUGUCAAUUUAGGUAUGCUUGUUACAACACUUGCGAGAUAUCAAUCAAGACCGAGGAUUUACAUUGGUUGCAUGAAGUCAGGUCCUGUUCUUUCACAAAAGGGAGUAAAGUAUCAUGAGCCAGAGUUUUGGAAAUUUGGAGAAGAGGGUAACAAGUACUUUAGGCAUGCGACUGGACAAAUUUAUGCAAUCUCAAAGGACUUAGCUGUAUAUAUCUCCACUAACCAGGGAAUACUGCACCGGUACGCGAACGAGGAUGUGUCAUUAGGAGCGUGGAUGCUAGGGUUAGAAGUGGAGCAUGUGGACGAGAGGUCAAUGUGUUGUGGAACACCACCGGAUUGUCAGUGGAAAGCACAAGCCGGGAACGUGUGUGCAGCGUCGUUCGAUUGGUCUUGCAGUGGGAUAUGUAAGUCCGUUGAUCGUAUGGCUCGUGUACACCAAGCUUGCGCGGAAAGAGACACUCCCCUCGCUAAUUUUCGCUUCUUGUAUUGAGGUUUCACUUAAAACUUUGCUUAGUUAAAACUUAAAAGAAUAAGGAAGGUAAAAUAGUAAUAAAAAUAAAAAAAACUUGAGACUACAUGACUUUUUUUUUUUUUGUUUGGUGUGGAAAAAUUGGUUAUGUUUUCUUUGUCAUUUGGAAACCUUGGUUCUUAAGUUUAUGGGUUCUUUUUUUUUUGUUGGGUCAAUUGGAUAAGUCAAGGAUUUAAAAUUAUUUAGCAAGAAAGGAGAUAAUUGUGCCGGUUAAGGAGAUAAUCCACUCUAUAUUAUGCUUAAUCAAAGCUGAGCUAAUCAAGUAUUUUAUUCACAUUUAUGUUAUAAUUUUUUUAAUAAAUAUGUAUAAGUAACUAAAGAUCUUGAUUUUUUUUAAAAAAUAAACUUUAUAACCAAAAACAGGGGGGAAGUAAAGUAAAUCACUGGAUUUGUUUUUUAAAUAAACUUUUUUUUUUGGAUUUGCUUAAAUCAUUGGCUUAUAUUUUAUUUUCAAACAAAACCAAAAGAAAAUCACUGGAUUUAUGUGAUUUUUUUAAAAAGUUUGGAUUAAAGAGAUUUCCACAAGAGGAUCGAGGUGUCACAAUCGGAAUUGGAUAGGACUUUACUAAAUAGGCUAAUUAAGCAGAGAGGUUAGUACGGCUACUUUAGUAAUUUAAUAUUUUUUUUUAAAAAAGGAGAAUCAAAACGAAAGAGAAGUCAAAUAAGGAAAAGAAAAAAAAAAGGCUUGGAGAAAAAGAAAUCGAAACCGCCUCGAAUUUGGAAUCAGUGGAUGGGUCCCACUCCGUCCUCCAGAAAUUGGUGAGUAAAAAUAAAAUAAAAAGAAAGAAACAAAAAUAAGUAAAAAGCAUAUCUUCCUUUGUUCCUUCUCUAUCCCUCUCUCUAUCCCUCUCCCCACCAUCAGAAUCGGUCAAGCUUUUUUAGUCAAUACCCCCAAAAAACCCUAAAA